AUGCCGUCUUCCACCAAUCUUCUUCUUCUUCAGCUCGUGAUCUCCGCCCUCAUGUUAUCGGCCACCGCCGGCACCACCACCGGCGAUGAGUUUACGUGGACGUCGAAGCAGAUCGGAGGAUGUAGAGGAUCUAUAGCCGAGUGUAUGGGACUGGGAGGCGGAGAAAUGGAGAUGGAAUCGGAAAGCAGCAGGCGUAUAUUAGCGACGACAGACUACAUAAGCUAUGAGGCACUGCAGGGGAACAAUAUACCGUGCUCGCAGAGAGGUGCGUCGUACUAUAACUGUCAAUCAGGUGGUCAAGCUAAUCCGUACCAGCGUGGUUGCAGUGUGAUUACUCGUUGUCAACGUUGA